AUGAGCGUUGUGUGGCCUGAGCAGUAUACUCUUCCAGGAUCUACAUAUGUCCCCAACAGUAUCUUACCAGUUCUGAUCUAUCGGAACGUUCUUCCAACCCCAAUAAACUCUGAACUUACGAAGAAUAUUUGUGAGGGAAAUGACUGGGAGAAACGCGGCGAGUGGGGAGAGAUUAGAAUACCCCAUUUCCAUCCCAACACGCAUGAAUGCUACGUCAUCAUCCGGGGAAGUUCUUGUUUGGCCUUGGGGCGGGCAGAAGAGGAUGAGGGAACCGACGGUGUCGAAAUCGAUAUCCGUAUGGGGGAUGUGAUUGUAAUCCCAGCCGGCGUUUCGCACAGAUCGCUGAGAUCUGAAGGUGGGUUUAGGUAUAUUGGAUUAUAUCCCAAGGACGCUCCACGCUGGCGAAAUAACCAUUGCAAAGGCGAGGGAUCCAUGAGAGCAUUAGCCGAGGAAAUCAAAAAUGUGCCAGUACCCGACUCCGAUCCCGUGUUUGGAGUCAACGGCCCCUUGAGUAAGAUAUGGAAAUCCAAACUAGCUGGAGACCGCGCGAAAAUUUGA